AAAUUUCCGCACAGUAAAACGUGUAAAUUUUCACACAGUAGGACGUGUAAAUGUGUGAGUGUAAGCCCAAAGCCACAAAGCAAAAUAAGCUUGACACGUCAUCUCCUUUUGGGGUUCCCUUCUCAAACAAAUUACAUUCCAGGGGAAAUAAAAAUGCUUUCUUUCCUAUAUCACACACACAUUCAUUCACAUACUAUCUCAUUUAGAACUCUCUCUCCUCCCUCUCUCUCAUCUCUCUCUCUCUCAACAAAGAAACAUAUAUUGAAAACAUCCCAUCAAGACACCAUUUUUCUAACCCCCUUUAAUUAUCACCAUCGCCUAAAAAUCAAGAAUUUAUUCAUCAAGAAAAUCCCUUGAUCGGAUUGAAAACCAAAUUCCCUUGAUCAGAAAUUUCUUUUUGACUAUUUUUGGUGAUUUUUUUUUUCUUUCUUUUUUUUAGCAGCAGAUGUUACAUGGGUUUUGAGGAAUCUUGGCUCUCCUUUGCAUGCUCGGUACGAGAUUCUCCGAUCAACUAAUAACUCGAAAGUAAAUUGAAUCUUCGGUUGAGUCAAAAAAAAGGGCACUGCAAACUUAUAGCAGUGGUGCCUCCAUGGAUGCCACGACUAGUGGAGCAUCAAGUGUUCAAUACCACGAGCAGACAAUUACUUCGAUUGUCAAUUCUCCUUCGACGCAUCAAAGGCAGCAACGCCACUGCUUCGGAAAUGAAAGCCCGGGCGAAUUCCCUUUAUCCGCAAAUCCAUCGAUCGUGCUUCAUUUCCUAACGGGUUGCAAUCUCGACCCGCAAGAUCUCGCUAAACUCGAGGCAACUUGUUCCUUCUUUAGACAGCCAGCAAAUUUUGCCCCCGAUUAUGAGCUCUCCUUGGCUGAGCUGGCCGCUCUCGAUAUGUGCCAAAAGAGAGCUAUAUUUAAACCGAUGACAUUUGAAGAAAGGCAAGAUUUAAAGCAAAGGUGUGGUGGUUCUUGGAAACUUGUCUUGAGGUAUUUGCUGGCUGGAGAAGCAUGUUCUAGAAGGGAGAAAACGCAAGCAAUUGCGGGGCCCGGCCAUUCUGUGGCUGUGACUUCUAAUGGAGCUGUGUAUUCGUUCGGUUCUAACAGCUCUGGUCAGCUUGGUCAUGGAACUACCGACGAAGAACCACGCCCCCGCAUAAUCAGAUCCAUGCAAGGGAUUCGAAUUAUCCAUGCAGCGGCUGGGGCGGGGCGGACAAUGCUAAUUAGUGAUGCGGGUCGGGUAUACUCUUUUGGAAAAGAUUCAUUCGGCGAAGUGGAAUAUGGUGCUCAAGGGAGUAAUUUAGUGACCACCCCUCAGAUAGUUGAGUCUUUGAAGGAUAUUUUUGCUGUGCAAGCUGCUAUCGGAAACUUCUUCACAGCUGUGUUGUCUAGAGAAGGUAGGGUUUACACGUUUUCUUGGGGUGACGAAAGCAAACUCGGACAUCAAACGGACCCCACCGAUCUUGAGCCCCGUCCAUUGUUGGGGGCCCUCGAGAAUAUUCCGGUGGUUCAGAUUGCAGCUGGAUAUUGCUACCUUCUUGCUUUGGCUUGUCAACCUAGCGGCAUGUCGGUGUACUCUGUUGGUUGUGGAUUGGGCGGAAAGUUAGGGCAUGGUUCUAGAACAGAUGAGAAGCUUCCGAGAUUAAUCGAACAAUUCCAAAGUUUGAAUCUUCAGCCGAUGGUGGUUGCCGCCGGUGCAUGGCAUGCGGCGGUCGUCGGAAAAGAUGGGAGGGUUUGCACUUGGGGGUGGGGCCGCUAUGGCUGCUUAGGCCAUGGUAACGAAGAUUGCGAAUCGGCGCCUAAAGUUGUUGAAGCGCUGAGUGACGUGAAAGCUGUGCAUGUGGCUACGGGUGAUUAUACCACCUUUGUGGUUUCGGAUGAAGGGGAAGUGUAUUCCUUCGGGUGUGGAGAAUCUUCUAGUUUGGGGCAUAAUAAUAAUGCUGCUGUCGUUGCUGCUGCUGCUGACGAGCAGGGCAAUCGACACUUGAACGUGUUAACGCCCGAGCUAGUGACAUCACUAAAGCAAGUGAAGGAAAAAGUCGUACAGAUAAGCCUCACGAAUUCCAUAUACUGGAAUGCUCACACUUUCGCCCUAACCGAAUCCGAUAAGCUCUUUGCGUUUGGGGCCGGAGAUAAAGGCCAGCUCGGCGUACAGCUCGUUGAUAAUCAAACGGAGAGGGCUAACCCCGAACGCGUUGAUAUUAACCUCAGUUAAGCUGCCGAUGGUUAAAUCCCGGAAGUUCGCUCACACUGUCGGCUGCAAAUUCCCUGUUUAUAUUUAAAUGUUUUUUUUUUUAAUUUCGUUAUUUAAAUUAUCGCUGUGUAAAUAGGAAAAACGGUGAUUGUGAAUAAGGGUAGGAAUUAGGAGCUGCAGAAUUAACCUCAUUAGAAAUUCGUUAGCUCUUUGCCUCAACCGGUAAAUACUUAGUUUCUAAAAAAGACUUGUUAAGGUUGGUUGGUUGGUUUCAUGACUUUAUUUACUUUGGUAAAAAAUGCUUUCUUUUAACCAUUUAAACACUCUUUUAUUUAUCUUUAAUGCUUUGGAUGUUUAUUGGAACCAUUUGAGUGAAGUUUAUUUU